GAGCACUGUGCGCCACACAGUGGCGUCUCUCGCUUCCUCUCGCCGCCUCUCGCCGCUGCUCUCUUCCCCAGCGAGAUCGCCGAGAGGCUCCGUCAAAACUUGGCGGCCGUGUGCACUCUUUCCUUUUCCCUCCCUUCCCAUCCACCAACGGCCCACCCAAUACUCCUAUCUUUUAAGAGUCGGGACAAACCUCAAUCCGAAAUGGCAAAGUCUGGUAUCGCUGUCGGUCUCAACAAGGGCCACAUCACCACCGAGCGUGCUCCCCGCACCAAGGUCUCCAACCAGAAGGGUCGCCUCAGCAAGCGCACCAAGUUCGUCCGUGAACUGGUCCGCGAAGUUGUCGGCUUCGCUCCCUACGAGAAGCGUGUCAUGGAACUGCUCAAGAACUCCAAGGACAAGCGUGCUCGUCGCCUUGCCAAGAAGAGACUCGGUACCUUUGGCCGUGCCAAGAGAAAGGUUGAGGAGCUCAGCAACGUCAUUGCUGAAUCUCGUCGCCAGCACUAAGCACCACCUCCUAUUGCUGACCGAUGCAGAUGUGUCUGUUGAAAUAUACAGUUGAUACGCCUCAGUUUUGCCCUC